GGUAUGAGUUCAGCCAGAUAGAAAAUCUUGUGAAGCUGGUGAUCCGCAAUGCAAUGAUCACAGACUCAGGAGAAUACUGCUGUGAGGUGAAUGGAGCUACCUCAAGGGCCAGGCUGAAUGUUAAAGACCUGGAGCACAUCUUUUCCAGGGAGCUGAGGGACACGAAAGCAGAGGAGAAUGGUGUGGCUAUUCUGGAAUGUGAAACUAGGCGGCCAGCCCUCAGAAUGACAUGGCUUAAAGGCAUGGUCAUACUGAAACCUGGGAGUAAAUACAAUAUAAAACAGCAAGGGAACAUACUCUCCCUCACCAUCAAGGGGCUGGAAAAAAGUGACAGUGACAUCUACACCUGUGAUGUGGGAACUGCCCAAAGCAGGGCUGUACUGACAGUAAAAGAACGACAGGUUUUUUUCAUGGAAGAGCUGGAAGACAAAGUGUGUUUGGAAGGUGACACCAUCAUGUUUAAGUGCCGUAUCUGUCCCAGUGAUUACUUCAAUGUAAGGUGGUAUCUGGACAGAACUCUGCUGCAUACUGACCACCUGAGCAAAAUCCAAAUUCUUCCUGGGGGCUACCACACCCUCACCAUGAGGAACCUGGCUCGAAAGGACUCAGGCAUCAUUACCCUUGAGGCUGGAGGCAAAAGAUUAUAUGCUUUCCUGCUUGUCAGAGAAAAACGCCCAAAAUUCACAAAGGCAUUACAGGACUGUAAAGCAAUUGAUGGGGAAAAUUUGGUACUCUCAUGCAAGACUUCCAAAGCCUGCCAUAUUCUGUGGUACAGGGAUGGUUGCUUAAUAUGGAACUCCUCAAAGUACUUGGCACGUGGUUUGGACAAUGAGGCAACCCUGACAAUCUACAAUGUGAAUGAGAAGGACACAGGGUGGUAUGAAUGUCAUGCUGGAUCAGUCAGCACCAAGGCCCAAGUUACUGUCAAGACAACUAUAAGGUUUAAAGGACAUGCUACUCAGUUGCUGGAACUCUACCAAUUGCGAACUGUGGAGUCCAGCAAGGUGGCCCCUGAGAUCAAAGGCGAGUUGCUUUGUGGCCGGGCAGCCCACGUAUCUCGGCCGGGCCGAACCCAAAAAGACUACAUGAGACAACUGUGUGGGCCCACCACUCGCAAGGUUCAGGGCCAUCACUCCAUCCCACAACCAAUGGAGAAUAUUUUUGACCAAAGCAGUGAAAAUCCUGUCUUCACCACCAUAAUCAAAGAACAUUUAGCUUCAUGGACCGGAGAACCACUUCCAGAAACUGAGCACAUAGGGCUGCUCCAUCAUACUGCCCACUGUGCUCCCAUUCUUGUCAGCACUGAUGCUAUGCACAGGAGAACCGUUACUUCUCUGUUCAAGAUCUCUGGUGAAGAGCAGUCUUGCAGUGCUGAGCUGACGUUGGAAAGACAGGAGACCGAGUUUGAUGAAAGAGAUGCCUGGGAUAAACCUCACCAGCACAGACCUGAAAAGGACUGGAAGGAGGACUGGAAUGAAUUAUGCCCUGUAUUAUCAGACAGCAUAAUGAUUUCAGACACAUCAAAUAAUGUGACAAAACAUCAAGAGCAAUCCAGAAAGCUGGGGUGUUUGGCGCAGUUGGACACAGUCCUGUCUCUACCCCACUCUGAGGCAGAGGACUCUACUUUUGGUUUGAAUAGCAUCCCCAGGCAGAGGCUCAUUAAGAGCACCUCCUGCAGCCACGCCCAGGAGGUUUCCUGCCUCUCUGCCCCUGGAGUGAUUUUGAAAGAGAUAACGGCGCAGGAGCAAGCCUAUGAGCAUCUGAGGUCCAGUCUCUCUAAACAGCUGAAUGAACCUCUUCUGGAGUACAGAGAGGACAGUGCUGAUACAGAAGGCAGAAAAGGCCAGAGAAGUGGCCCAUCACACUGUAUAACCAUGGUUAAAUCCAUCUCUUGUGAUAGCGGAGUCAAAAGGCCUCAGUCUAAUGUCAACAAGCAGCAUCAGUCGUGGAGCAGGUCCUUAGACGAUUUUAUGAGCAUGAUUCCAGAGUCAACUGAACUGAGGGAAUCAGGGGAGAAAAGCAAAAAGCUGGAGAUUUCUAGGACUGAGUGUAUUCAGUACUCACUCGCCUGCAAAGGCCCAGUGAUGCUGCAGCAGUCUAUCCCAGAGCUACUGGUGGCUCCAAGCAAGCACACUUCAUUGGCUGUCCCCAAAGACCAGCAUGACCACAGUGUCACUUCUGUUAGCAGUGGAUCCUCUUCUGAGUUUAAUAAAACAGACGUCUGGGAUGAACUUUACCAGGACAUACCUGAAAAGGACUGGAAGGAGAAGGAAUACAAUGAAUUAUGCCCUGUGUCAUCAGACAGCAUAAUGACUUCAGACACAUCCAAUAAUGUGACAAAACAUCAAGAGCAAUCCAGAAAGCUGGGGUGUUUGGCGCAGUUGGACACAGCCCUGUCUCUACCCCACUCUGAGGCAGAGGACUCUACUUUUGGUUUGAAUAGCAUCCCCAGGCAGAGGCUCAUUAAGAGCACCUCCUGCAGCCACGCCCAGGAGGUUUCCUGCCUCUCUGCCCCUGGAGUGAUUUUGAAAGAGAUAACGGCGCAGGAGCAAGCCUAUGAGCAUCUGAGGUCCAGUCUCUCUAAACAGCUGAAUGAACCCCUUCUGGAGUACAGAGAGGACAGUGCUGAUACAGAAGGCAGGAAAGGCCAGAGAAGUGGCCCAUCACACUGUAUAACCAUGGUUAAAUCCAUCUCUUGUGACAGCGGAGUCAAAAGGCCCCAGUCAAACAUCUACAAGCAGCAUCAGUUGUGGAGCAGGUCCUUAGAUGAUUUUAUGAGCAUGAUUCCAGACUCAACUGAACUGAGGGAAUCAGGGGAGAAAAGCAAAAAGGUGGAGACUUUUAGGACUGAGUGUAUUCAGUACUCACUCACCUGCAAAGGCCCAGUGAUGCUGCAGCAGUCUAUCCCAGAGCUACUGGUGGCUCCAAGCAAGCAUACUUCAUUGCCUGUCCCCAAAGACCAGCAUGACCACAGUGUCACUUCUGUUAGCAGUGGAUCCUCUUCUGAGUUUAAUAAAACAGACGUCUGGGAUGAACUUUACCAGGACAUACCUGAAAAGGACUGGAAGGAGGAGGAAUACAAUGAAUUAUGCCCUGUGUCAUCAGACAGCAUAAUGACUUCAGACACAUCCAAUAAUGUGACAAAACAUCAAGAGCAAUCCAGAAAGCUGGGGUGUUUGGUGCGGUUGGACACAGCCCUGUCUCUACCCCACUCUGAGGCAGAGGACUCUACUUUUGGUUUGAAUAGCAUCCCCAGGCAGAGGCUCAUUAAGAGCACCUCCUGCAGCCACGCCCAGGAGGUUUCCUGCCUCUCUGCCCCUGGAGUGAUUUUGAAAGAGAUAACGGCGCAGGAGCAAGCCUAUGAGCAUCUGAGGUCCAGUCUCUCUAAACAGCUGAAUGAACCCCUUCUGGAGUACAGAGAGGACCAUGCUGAUACAGAAGGCAGAAAAGGCCAGAGAGGUGGCCCAUCACACUGUAUAACCAUGGUUAAAUCCAUCUCUUGUGAUAGCGGAGUCACAAGGCCUCAGUCUGACGUCUACAAGCAGCAUCAGUUGUGGAGCAGGUCCUUAGAUGAUUUUAUGAGCAUGAUUCCAGAGUCAACUGAACUGAGGGAAUCAGGGGAGAAAAGCAAAAAGGUGGAGACUUUUAGGACUGAGUGUAUUCAGUACUCACUCGCCUGCAAAGGCCCAGUGAUGCUGCAGCAGUCUAUCCCAGAGCUACUGGUGGCUCCAAGCAAGCACACUUCAUUGGUUGUCCCCAAAGACCAGCAUGACCACAGUAUCACUUCUGUUAGCAGUGGAUCCUCUUCUGAGUUUAAUAAAACAGACGUCUGGGAUGAACUUUACCAGGACAGACCUGAAAAGGACUGGAAGGAGGAGGAAUACAAUGAAUUAUGCCCUGUGUCAUCAGACAGCAUAAUGACUUCAGACACAUCCAAUAAAGUGACAAAACAUCAAGAGCAAUCCAGAAAGCUGGGGUGUUUGGCGCAGUUGGACACAGUCCUGUCUCUACCCCACUCUGAGGCAGAGGACUCUACUUUUGGUUUGAAUAGCAUCCCCAGGCAGAGGCUCAUUAAGAGCACCUCCUGCAGCCACGCCCAGGAGGUUUCCUGCCUCUCUGCCCCUGGAGUGAUUUUGAAAGAGAUAACGGCGCAGGAGCAAGCCUAUGAGCAUCUGAGGUCCAGUCUCUCUAAACAGCUGAAUGAACCCCUUCUGGAGUACAGAGAGGACAGUGCUGAUACAGAAGGCAGGAAAGGCCAGAGAAGUGGCCCAUCACACUGUAUAACCAUGGUUAAAUCCAUCUCUUGUGACAGCGGAGUCAAAAGGCCCCAGUCAAACAUCUACAAGCAGCAUCAGUUGUGGAGCAGGUCCUUAGAUGAUUUUAUGAGCAUGAUUCCAGACUCAACUGAACUGAGGGAAUCAGGGGAGAAAAGCAAAAAGGUGGAGACUUUUAGGACUGAGUGUAUUCAGUAUAACAUUCUACAUUUCAAUGAGGAAAUGGCUGAUAAUGGUUAA